AUGAGUCAAUUGAAGUUAGACCACUAUGGAAAACCUGGAAGGCCGUUUCGUCCUAGUAUGGAACCAGGUCGGUUGAGAUAUCAACUCAUUGAAGACAAUGGUGUAUGGUGGCGCAACUUCGUGGAUUGGUUGAAGUUAGACGUUAACACCGUUGGAUGCCGGCUCAGUGAUCUAGUGGUUAAGUGCUCGCGCGCGGGACCAGUAGGUCCUGGGUUCGAAUCUCGCAGGGGGCGAGGUCGUGGAUGUGCACUGCUGAGGAGUCCCAUACAAGGACGAAACGGCUGUUUAAUGCUUUCAGGUUUUCCAUGUUGGUCAAGCUUCAAUUGACUCAUGAUUUCA